CUAAAAUCGCUCAUUGGUGAAGCAAAAUCUAUUAAGGAAAAGAAAAGGUUGGGUAUCUGUGAACUUUUUGCACUGUCAAAACCGACUCGCUCCUAAAACCACGGUCGCUUCCAUUUGACGUCAUAUUCCCCGCGACUUUCGGUUACCCAUUUCCAAUAUGGCCGCGUCCAGGUUAGAAAUCAAUUUUAUCAGGUUAUUAUCGCGUUGUGAAGCCAUUGCUUCCGAGAAAAGACAAGAGACGGAAUGGAGGCUGGAGAAGUAUGUCGGUGCCUUGGAGGAUAUGCUGAUGGCAUUGAGAAAGAGUUCAAGCAAACCUACUGCUGAGAUCCUGACAGACUACACACGUAAAGUAGACUUCCUCAAAGGCCUUAUAGAAGCUGAGAAGCUGCCGUCAGCUUCAGAGAAAGCUUUAGCCAAUCAGCUCCUAGCGCCGGGUCGCACGCCCACCAUCUCCAGUGAGAGGAUGUCGGCCACCAAGACCGUGCACAUGCAAAGUAAAGCACGGUGCACAGGGGAGAUGCGCUCUGAGCUCUUCGGCACUGCUUCCUCUGGUGCAGGUGCUGUGACAGAGCUGAGACAUAGGAGCCGCAGUGUUCCAGGGGAUGAGUGUGAGGACGCGGCCGAGCUGGACGCCAUACUGCAACACCACCACAGUGUGCAGGAGAAACUGGCUGAGGACAUGCUGCACCUCGCACGCAACCUGAAGAACAACACACUCGCUGUACAGAACAUCAUCAAACAGGACAACCAGACUCUGAGUCAGUCCAUGCGGCAGGCAGAUCUGAACUUCGAGAAGCUGAAGACCGAAUCGGAGCGGCUGGAGCAGCAUGCGAAGAAAUCAGUCAACUGGCUCCUCUGGCUGAUGCUCAUAUUAGUCUCGUUCACCUUCAUCAGUAUGAUCCUGUUCAUCCGCAUCUUUCCCAGACUCAGGUGAUGCGGCCUGACUUGAAUGGCGGGUUUAACACACACACACACACACACACACACACACACACACACACACACACACACACACAGACCUGUGCUUUGAUUAUGCAAACCCUAGGCCUGGAAGUGACUGGAAAGGAUCCUGUGCCGUGUGUAACAGCAAACAUGCCAACUGUUCCUGCAUUAACACUAGUCCCAGUUCUUUAUAUUUAUCUGCUUCAUUAACUCCUGUAUAUAAUAUUUAAAAAAUCUUCAUAAUCAUCCUGUUAUCUGCAGUCUUCUAGCAUCACACUAGCGUCUGCAGUCUAGAACCCACUGAGUGUUCCACACGAACCCUGACCUCCUAUGGAAUAAAGGUUUUAGUGUUUUUUUUUGCUGA